CCUCGCCCAGUAUAAAACAGACUUGGUGGCCGGUGUUCCUCACUCUCCCACUGACCACCAACAUGAAGAGCUUCCUCGUCCUCCUCUGCUUCGUCGCCCUCGCUUGGUCUCAGGAACGUCCCGAGUGCUGGUGCGGCGCCUUCGUCACACUGCGAGAUUUAGAGUUCGAGGUGCUGCACCUUCCACCCAUCGACGUAGAUGGAUGUGAAGAUUUCAUAGACUGUCAUCACAGAUGUACCGCCGAGUGGACAUUCAUCCUCGACGACGGGGACUUGGAUCAUGAAUUGAUUGAUGGCAAGACGGCGGGCCAACAUAUGUGUGAUAACCUGGUGGAAGAAGGCACUAAGGACCUCCCUCCUCACCAAGUCUACCUGUACUACCAGCUGUGCAGUACUCCCUGGUUGUUCGACGGCCAGACAAGCCAAAACAGUCUGUGUUGCCUCAAUGGCACAUACCAUCACUGUCCGUAAAGUCACUCGUCUUCCUUUGAGACCAUCGGAAAUAUCUUUCAACUGAGUCUUCUACCUGAAGCUGUCAAUACCUGUCAACCGCAGGAAUCUCUUACAGCGAUAUCUUCUUCAGUAACCUUUAUCCAAACACCAUCUAUAACGUUUGUCUCAAGAACAACUUGAACUUAACAGCCAUUGAAUGUUUCUUCCGAGAACAAUGAUUCUUGUACUUUUUUAUGUAAUUAACAUUGAUGGUUGCGACCCGAAGAACUCUCGCAACCUCUUAGAAAAUUAACUAAAUACAUGGAAGUUGUUUCUGUGUUUCACAAAAACACUGAUGUACGCGAUGAAGUUAUCUGAUGAUGUAAACAAUAAAUGUAUUUAAGUA